AUGGCAGCCACUCUUCAGUGUUGUGUCCCUAAAACUCAUCAUAAAAUGAUGAAUACUUACUGUUCUACAAUCACAGCUGAACCUGCAAAACCCAUCCUCCAUAAAUCAAUUAAUUAUCCUUUGCUGUCCAAAACUAGCUCACUAUCAUCCGCCUACCAUAAUUACUUGCAAGCUCCUCAGGCUCAGGCUGUGCCCAAGCCCAAACUAGAUAAUAUAGCAAGUGGCUGGAGAGAAAUUCAAGGGCUCAACAACUGGGAAAACCUUGUUUCACCCUUGCACCCUCUUCUCCGUGACGAGAUCAUUCGUUACGGUGAAUUGGUGAAAGCAAGCUACGAGGCUUUUGAUCUCGACCCCAACUCGAAAAGGUACUUGAACUGCAAGCACGGCAAGCAUAGCCUGUUGCAGCAAGUGGGGUUGGGUGAUUCAGGCUACGAGGUCACUAAAUACAUAUACGCAACAGCCCCACCAAUGAGUACUACGACUCAAAGUGGGCCCAGCAGAUGGGUCGGGUACGUAGCAGCCUCGGACGAUGAGUCUGUGAGCAGGCUCGGCAGACGUGACAUCGUCAUCGCAUUCCGUGGCACCGUCACCAAUGCCGAAUGGAUUGCCAAUCUAAAUACUUCCUUGACCCCUGCUCGCCUCAACCCUCACGACCCGAGGCCGGACGUCAAAGUGGAAGCCGGCUUCCUCAGCCUCUACACUACUUCGGACGAAAACAAGUUCGGGCUAACAAGUUGCCGAGAGCAGCUUCUGGCCGAGGUGUCGAGGCUACUGAACAAGCACAAAGACGAGGAGAUAAGCAUUACUCUUGCCGGCCACAGCAUGGGGAGCUCAUUGGCUCUUCUCCUAGCUUACGACAUAGCGGAGCUCGGCUUGAACAGGCCAUUUAAGGCUCCCAUCACGGUUUUCUCCUUUGGGGGGCCCAGAGUUGGGAACUCGAGGUUCAAAGAGAGGUGCCAAGAGUUGGGAGUCAAAGUGCUCAGAGUAGUGAAUGCCAAAGACCCCGUCACCAAGCUGCCAGGGAUUUUCUUCAAUAACGACAUGAUGAAUUUUAAUCAAUUACCUUGGAGCUGCUCUUGCUACGCGCAUGUUGGUGUCGAGUUGGUGCUCGAUUUUUUCAAGAUGCAAAACCCGUCUUGCGUUCAUGACUUGGCAAACUACAUUAAGUCAUUAUCCUGUCCGUCUCCGUCACCCAAAAAGAAUUUGUCGAAAAAGUCCACACGAUUCGUUGAGGGGCCAUGUUCGCAGUUGACAAAUGCAGCCACUAAUAUGUUGAAUAUGGUUCACGCGCAGUGGGCAUGA